CAGCGCAAGCCGCCAGUCGCUCUCCGAUUGUCGUCGCGCAAGCACACGAAAUAGACAGCAAAUCCCUAGAAAAAAAUAGUGCCCAUCGGAGACCGGAACCGAUUGGCAAAUUCCUACGCGGCCGAAAGCUAUCAAGGAUUUGAUCGCAGUGUGAUAAGACCAAGUGCCGCCAAGGAUAGAGGGACACACACAAAGAGAGAGCGAACCCACAACUCGAAUUCACAACUUGAAUCUUCGGCAACAGGGGGCUAUCCGUACUAUUCUUGAUCGAGCCUAGGAUUUUUGCACCACCGAAGCAGAAUGCAUCGCGCAAGGACAGCUCUCCAGCUUAUGGGCCAUCCGGCUGGCCAGCAGAGCUUCGGAUCCUGGUUGAUUCGGAAUCCGUCGUCGAAGCUCACCGGUGAACUGGUGGCAGCUUCUUCAGUCAAACUGUACAACUCUGCGGCCGCCGAACCUUUCCUCAAUGGCUCGUCGUCCAACUACAUCGACGAUAUGUACAAUGCCUGGCUAAGGGAUCCAGCUUCAGUGCAUGCGUCCUGGGAUGCGUACUUCCGCAACAAUUCGUACGAAGCGCCACCAUCGCUGGCCCCGAUCCCGCGAAAUCACGUUCCCGCAUCUCAAUACCUUGGCAGUGCAGUGCCGGCCCUGGCGAGCGGCAGUUCUGCCGUCGGUACACGCAUCGAUGACAAACUUAUCGAUGACCAUCUGGCGGUGCAGGCCAUUAUCAGAAGUUACCAGAUUCGGGGUCAUAACAUUUCAAAACUAGACCCGCUCGGCAUUAGUAACGUGGACCUAGACGAUAGAAUUCCAACGGAAUUACUGUACUCGUCCUACCGUUUCGAUAAGCGGAUGCUAAUGGGCUUAAGUGAAGAAGAUUAUAAGACUGUGUUGACAAUGAUACAAAAGGAAGCCGACAUGGAUCGUGUCUUUAAGCUUCCCAGCACCACCUUCAUCGGUGGCAAGGAAAAGUUCCUACCGCUGCGUGAAAUCCUGAGCCGACUGGAACGUGCCUAUUGCAACAAGAUCGGAGUUGAAUUCAUGUUCAUCAACUCGCUGGAACAGUGCAACUGGAUCCGCGAGCGCUUCGAAACGCCCAACAUCAUGAACUACACGAGCGAAGAGAAGCGGCUUCUGUUGGCCCGUCUGACACGUGCCACCGGAUUCGAGGCCUUCCUGGCCAAGAAGUUCUCGUCGGAGAAGCGUUUCGGUCUCGAGGGGUGCGAAAUUAUGAUCCCGGCCAUGAAGGAGGUCAUCGACGUUUCCACUCGGUUGGGCGUGGAGUCGAUCAUCAUGGGCAUGCCGCAUCGUGGCCGCUUGAACGUGCUGGCCAACGUGUGCCGCAAGCCGUUGAACCAGAUCUUCACCCAGUUUGCCGGUCUGGAGGCCGCUGAUGAUGGCUCCGGUGAUGUCAAGUACCAUUUGGGUACGUACAUCGAGCGUCUGAACCGCGUUACGAACAAGAACAUCCGGCUGGCCGUUGUGGCCAACCCGUCCCAUCUGGAGGCCGUCGAUCCGGUCGUCCAGGGCAAGACCCGUGCCGAACAGUUCUACCGCGGUGACGGCGAGGGUAAGAAGGUUAUGUCCAUCCUGCUGCACGGUGACGCCGCCUUCUCCGGCCAGGGUGUCGUGUACGAAACGAUGCAUUUGUCCGAUCUGCCGGACUACACUACCCACGGUACGGUUCACAUUGUCGUGAACAACCAGAUCGGUUUCACCACCGAUCCACGUCACUCACGUUCCUCACCAUACUGUACGGACGUGGCUCGCGUCGUGAAUGCUCCGAUUUUCCACGUCAACUCGGAUGAUCCGGAGGCUGUGAUGCACGUGUGCCGAGUGGCUGCUGAAUGGCGUGCCACCUUCCACAAGGACGUCAUUAUCGAUCUGGUCAGCUACCGUCGCAAUGGUCACAACGAAAUUGACGAGCCCAUGUUCACGCAACCUCUGAUGUACAAAAAGAUUCGCGGUAUCAAGCCGGUCUUGGAUAUCUACGCCAAUCAGCUGAUUGCCGAGGGAUGCGUGACGGCCGAUGAGGUCAAGAGCGUCAAGGAUAAGUAUGAGAAGAUCUGUGAUGAAGCUAUGGAGCAGGCCAAGGUCGAAACCCACAUCAAGUACAAGGACUGGCUUGAUUCCCCCUGGUCUGGAUUCUUCGAAGGCAAGGACCCUCUGAAGGUUGCCCCGACUGGAGUUAUCGAGGAGACCUUGGUGCACAUUGGCAACCGUUUCUCGUCUCCACCUCCCAACGCUGCUGAAUUCGCCAUCCACAAGGGUCUGAUGCGUGUGCUGGCCGCUCGCAAGGAAAUGGUCGAUAACAAGUCUGUUGACUGGGCUCUGGGUGAAGCUAUGGCCUUUGGAUCACUGCUGAAGGAAGGUAUUCACGUGCGUCUCUCCGGACAGGACGUCGAACGUGGUACCUUCUCGCAUCGUCAUCAUGUCCUGCACCAUCAAACUGUCGACAAGGCUACCUACCGACCAUUGUGCCAUCUGUAUCCCGAUCAGGCCCCCUACACCGUGUGCAAUAGUUCCCUUUCCGAAUUCGGAGUCCUCGGCUUCGAGCUUGGCUAUUCAAUGACCAACCCGAACGCCCUGGUCAUCUGGGAGGCCCAAUUCGGUGACUUUAACAACACCGCCCAGUGUAUUAUCGAUCAGUUCAUCUCGUCCGGUCAGUCCAAGUGGGUCCGCCAGAGUGGGCUGGUGAUGCUCUUACCUCACGGUAUGGAAGGUAUGGGCCCUGAGCAUUCGUCCGCCCGCGCCGAACGAUUCCUGCAGAUGUGCUCCGACGAUCCGGACUACUUCCCGCCAGAGUCGGAGGAAUUCGCCAUCCGACAGCUGCACGACAUCAACUGGAUCGUGGCCAACUGCUCGACGCCGGCCAACUACUUCCACAUCAUGCGCCGACAGAUCGCCCUGCCGUUCCGCAAACCGUUGGUGCUGCUGACGCCCAAGUCGCUGCUGCGUCACCCGGAGGCCCGAAGCUCGUUCAGCGAGAUGACCGACGGAACCGAAUUCCAAAGAAUCAUCCCAGAUGCCUCCGCUGCUUCUGAGAACCCAUCUUCGGUGAAGAAACUGAUCUUCUGCUCCGGAAGGGUAUACUACGAUCUCGUCAAGGCACGCCGAGAACGCAAACUCGACAGCGAUAUCGCCAUCAGCAGAUUGGAACAGAUCUCUCCCUUCCCGUACGAUCUGAUCAAGGCCGAGUGUGCCAAAUACCCGAACGCGGAGCUGGUGUGGGCCCAGGAGGAACACAAGAACCAGGGCUACUGGACGUACAUUGAGCCCCGCUUCGACACCGCAAUCAACUCGACCCGCGACCUCAGUGUGCAAGACAAGCUUGUGCUGCAGAAAACCGCCCAAGGAUUCAAUAUUUCCGAAGGAACCUUCAAUGCGCCAACCGACGGUACAAGAGGUCGCAAGGUGAAAAUCUCAUCGAAACCACUUAGCUACGUUGGACGCCCUUGUUCUGCAUCGACCGCCACUGGCUCCAAGGCGCAGCACACUAAGGAACUGAAGAAUUUGCUGGACAACGCGAUGGCCUUGUAAAAAAACCUACACACAGCACGAAUAUGCGAAAUUCUCUACCACCCCCCGUCCCCAUUGGGAGCACCAUCCAAUGGGCUAUAAAUAGUAUCCGAAACACAACACACAGUUUAAAAAACUACACUUUCUACUAGUGCUACGUUAAAAGAUGAACUACAGCAACAACAUAGAAAACUCACAUACAAACACUUUUUCGAAAGAGAAAAAUUAUUGCUAGAACAAAUGCUACUAUCACAUUUUGAUCGAACUCUGCUAUUUAGGCGAUAGGUAUUUAUUCGUAACCUGAAAACAGAAAUCAGUAAUACCUAUACGAAAUAAGUAGGGACUCAAGUUUGAUUUGUAAAGUUACAAGAAGGACUAUUUAUUUAUUGAAGUGUUUGCGCGGGAAGUAAUCGAACUUGUUUUAUUUUUUUUCCUUUGUCACAUGAAUGGAGCUAAGCUACGCAAUCGCAAAGUGUAAAAUAAAAGUAUUUAUCGUUAGGAAAGUUAGCGUUUAGUAGAGGAAAGAAGACACUGUUAGCUGUGUCGAAUAUUAUUUUAGAAAUUGAAACUGGUAGACACGGCAUGAAACACACAUAGAGAGGCCGUCGUACGUGCAUGUAUGAGAGGAAUUCAUAUAUAUCUUUGUAUAUGUGUGUUACCGAGGUUAGCGGGCUGAUUGUACGUCCCGGACGUUGUCCUUGAAUGGUUUUGUUCGAGGGGCUCUAGCGGGGGCCAACUGAUAUGCGAAAGAUUCACUUUUUGAUAAUGGAAAUAAAACGGCAAAGCGCUUGAUAUUAUUCUGAAGUCUUGGAAUCUAAAUAA